AUGGGAUUGUCCUCAUCGAGCGCAGACAACAUCAGCUUUCUCAACAGUAUUUUCGAACGAGCCUUCGAGCAUUGUCUAAGUAUUGGUGUAUAUACAAACAAGGAUGAUUGGGAUGAGAUCACAGGUGGCGCCACGACCAGGAAUGUCAAGCUCUGGUACUGGAGCGCAAGAGGCAGUGGGACGUCAAAUGAGUCCCCGCCCAACUUCGAUGAUUUCGAACCGUUCGGCAGCUGGACGACACCGUCGGUGAAACAGUUCGCCAAAUUCGAACAGAUCUGUGGUAUAAUGGUGAACAGAAACAUCUACAGUACAUCAUUGGCAUCGAUAACUGCCGUGGCCACCGAGGAGAAAAAUGAUCCAAUCGUCGUUGGUGGCAUCGGACUCGCAGGAGCACAGAUCGGGAGAAAAACAAGACUGCUUUCUUGUACUGAAUGA